AUGAUCUAUUGUAAUUGGUGUAUUUGGAAGAAUAGAAAUUUGUUGAAAUUCGAAGGGAGGGGUAAGGCAGCAAAGGUGCUCGUCAAGGAGGUUGAGUUGCUAGUGGAGGAAUUCAGAUCAGGGAAUACAAAGGAAAAGCUUCCUGUGGUGGUGAGAACUCAAGCUUGGAGGCCGCCAAGGGAAGGGUGGUAUAAAGCAAAUGUGGACGGGGCAGUAUUCAAGGAGACUAACAGCUGUGGGGUUGGAGUGGUGAUUCGAAAUGAUCAAGGCCAAAUCAUGGGGGCUAUGAGUAAGAGGCUGAACCUUCCGUUAGGAGCGGUGGAAGUUGAAGCGAAAGCUUUUGAAGAGGGGUUAAGGCUAGCAGGUGACCUCGGGUUGAACCAAGUAAUCCUGGAGGGAGAUGCUCAGUCAAUUACAAAUGCUUUGAUGGGUAAGAGCUUGCCGCCAUCCUCAAUCCAAAGGCUUAUUGCUGGUGCUAGUCGUUGGAAGCAAUGGGUUCAAGUGUGGAGUGCAAGCUAUGUCCGUAGAGAUGGGAAUGGGGCUGCACAUGUAAUGGCUCAAAAUGCCAAAUCUAUUUCUGAUUGUGUAGUGUGGGUAGAAGAUACCCCACCAAUGAUUCAAUGCCAAGUGCAUAGAGAUGUUCUUAUGUUGAACCAAGUUUCUGUUUAA